CUGAUAAUAUCAAAGAGACUUCUCCGUCUUCAUGAGUUCUUCGACGCUCCUCUCUCUUUCUUCUGAAUCCGAAGAGCAGAGAGACGCAGAAGCACUAAAACCCUAUUAGUAGAACAAUGGUGAAGCUCACGGCUGAUUUGGUCUGGAACAGUCCUCACUUCUUCAACGCCAUCAAGGAGCGAGAGUUGGAGCUACGAGGCAAUAAGAUUCCUGUAAUCGAGAACUUGGGUGCUACUGAGGACCAGUUUGAUACAAUAGAUCUGUCUGAUAAUGAGAUAGUUAAGCUAGAGAACUUUCCGCUUCUCAACCGGUUAGGGACUCUGAUUGUUAAUAACAAUCGGAUCACUCGGAUAAACCCUAACAUUGGAGAGUUCUUGCCGAAGCUGCACACUUUGGUUCUUACGAACAACAGGCUUGUGAAUUUGGUUGAGAUCGAUCCCCUUGCCUCCAUUCCAAAGCUUCAGUACCUUAGUUUGUUGGAUAAUAAUAUCACCAAAAAGCCGAAUUAUCGCCUUUAUGUGAUUCACAAGCUUAAAUCACUUCGAGUGCUAGAUUUCAUUAAAGUCAAAGCUAAGGAGAGAGCUGAAGCUGCGGCUUUGUUUUCAUCUAAGGAAGCAGAAGAAGAGGUUAAGAAGGUAUCUCAGGAGGUGGCUCAAAAAGUUUCAGAUACUACAGAAGAUGCAGAGGCUCCAAAAGUGGUGGCCCCAACACAGGAGCAGAUUUUAGCUAUCAAGGCUGCAAUUAUUAAUUCACAGACGAUAGAAGAAAUUGCCAGACUCGAACAGGCUUUGAAGUUUGGCCAGGUUCCUGCAGGCCUGGUAGUUCCUGAUCCUGCAUCUGGUGUUAAUGACGGUUCUGGUCCUAUGGAGGAAUAGAAAGUGUGGCAGUUACUCAUCCUCAAAUGCUCACAGCUAUUAUUGUCUGACAAGCUUCACGAUCCUUUAAGGUUUCUGCUUACUUCCUUUAGAAAUUUGUGUAAACUACUUCUGCUCAAGAGCAUCUGUUUUUGAACCCUUGGAAAGAGUGAUUUAGAGGAUGUAAUCUUUAGCCUACAUUUGCCGAGGGAGAGAGAGAAGCUGCACACAUAAUUUAGCAAUACUGUUUUUUUUUUGCAUUAUUG